GCCUACGUUUGCAUUCCAUUGUCUCUGUUUAGCUCAGUCAGAAUUUAACUCAGCCGGAGACUUGAAACCAAUUCAGUUUGACCUCAAAGAAAUAUUGUUCGGAUUACAAUUUCUUGGCUCAUUCUGCAGCAAAUUUCAUGUAAAACUCAUCUGAACUCUCCUUCUUUUGUGAGUGAGCUAUCUACCCAACAGCUCCAUGUACUUCCGUAGAAUGGUCGGCUAUGACCCCAGCACUGAUGGGCGGCUUCUCUCCAGCAGUGAGGUAGCGAUGGCAGGGUCCCUCUCAGGAUUGGUCACUAGAGCCCUGAUCAGCCCCCUGGACGUCAUAAAGAUCCGCUUCCAAUUACAGAUUGAGAGCCUCUCCAGCCAUGGCACACAGGGAAAGUACCAUGGCAUCCUACAGGCAGUUGGGCUCAUCCUUAGAGAGGAGGGUCUACCUGGAUUCUGGAAGGGACAUGUUCCAGCUCAGCUCCUGUCUGUAUCCUAUGGGGCUGUUCAGUUUGUUAGCUUUGAGAUGCUGACAGAACUCUUUCAUGUCUCCACUUCGCUGGAUCCUCGUAGCCCAGCCGUGCACUUCCUGUGUGGAGGGCUGGCUGCCUGCUCCGCGACCCUGGCUGUACAGCCUCUGGACACUCUAAGGACACGAUUUGCUGCUCAAGGAGAGCCUAAGGUUUAUAGGAACCUGCGUAAUGCGAUCUUUACUAUGUUUAGGACUGAGGGGCCUGUCGCAUUUUAUCGUGGCCUUUUCCCCACCCUUCUUGCUGUAUUCCCAUAUGCCGGCCUCCAGUUCUCCUCAUACAACCUUCUGAAAAGGACCUGGAACCUAGUGCUGCUUAAAGAUCAGACACAAAAAGACAGCCUCAGGAACCUUCUCUGUGGCAGCGGAGCAGGAGUGAUCAGUAAAACAGUCACCUACCCCUUUGAUCUUUUUAAAAAGAGACUCCAGGUUGGUGGCUUUGAGCAGGCAAGAGCACACUUUGGAAAGGUAAGAACGUACCAUGGCCUUGUGGAUUGUGCAUGCCAAAUAUGGAAAGAAGAGGGUUUCCGUGGAUUCUUUAAAGGACUGGCUCCCAGCCUGCUCAAGGCUGCGUUCUCCACUGGGCUCACCUUCUUCUCUUAUGAGCUGUUCUGUAGCCUCAUGCUGAGUGCAAAGAAAGCCAAGAAACGCAAGAGGAAAGAGGACUGAACACCAACAAGGACACCUCUAGGAGAAAUGUAGUGUGUUACCCAGAAUGCUAAAGGAGACCGGAAUCUUACAUUACCUCUUAAAUGCCAUGUGGGUUGCGUAGUAACGUACAGCUACCAACCCUAUUCCAAAUGCACUAAACCAGUCAGAUAACAUAUGGCUGCUAUGUGUAACUGAAGUGCAAAGAUAGCCAAAAAAAAUCCUAGAGGAAUGAGGCAAGGAACAAUAAUAGGAAUUUCAUGCAAUAGGAGAAAGAACUGGACCUUGUUGUUUCACUCACAAGUAGGUUGUGUGGGAAUCUAUAGAAACUAUUCAGACAUUAGCUUCUGAAGUUUUAACUGCACUAAACUAUUCAAAGCUAAAUACUUGAUGGUUGCUUUGGGUUAUUAAAGUAAGGCACUUUUAUUCAUGUGUUACUAACUAGCCAUCCCCUCAGUCAUCCAUGCAUUUCUAGAGAAUUGUCUUCCGCACACAUCUGCCUUAUUAUCCCAUAAAAACAAAUGGGCUACUAUUUCAAAGGUGCUGGUCAAGAAAGUAUUUCAUUCAAUUCACAUUCAGUUGCUAAAGGGCCCUCCAUCCUGUCGGGCAUUUGUUUUUAUUAGUGUCAUUGUCACAAAUGGGGCCACGGACAGUGAUUAGCACUGACACCAAGGGUGAUGGCUGUUUGCAGAAUUCACCACCUGUGUCCAUUCUUCUAAAAAGGGGAUAUUUCUGGGAAGACUGGAAAUAGUGUGCACCACAUUAGGCAGGACAGUUACACAAAAAGACUCCUGUAAUGCAUAGCCACUCUAUAUCCAAUCUUCUCUAUAGUCAGCCUUAAUGUUUAUUUAGUGUCCGUGCAACAUACAUGUUACAUAUAAAGUAUCUGAGGAUGUACCAAAUCUAGAAUUUGGUUUAGGAUUUGGCCGAAUCCCAGCAUUUUUUGCAUGAUUAGGAUUGGAAGAAUCCUUAGGUCAAAUUUGGUGGAACUCUUAAAUUCACAUGACUUGACAAGCUCUGGACAACUGAAAGCGGCAUUUUGCUUUUGUUUAGGGAUGGUUCAAUUAUUUUUCUUAUUUAUUUACAAUUUUAUUAUUUAGCUGAGCUUGGAAUACGCACCUUACAGUUUGGAUUCGGUUUUUCAGCCAAAUAUUUUUUCAAGUAUUCUGACGAAACCUAUAAUGAUGGAUUCAGUGCGUUCUUAGUAAUAUCGCUGUUAUAUGAUCAGUUAUAUUUAUUCAUGUGUUUUUAUUCUGCUGUGUUUUAUAUGAGGAUAUCCUCACAAAUGCUUCAUUUAAAUUAAAUGUCAUUUUAAGUAUGA